CUAUUAAUUCUGUGAACAUUAUCUUUCCAUUAUCUCUUCUUCUGGUUCAGACUGCUCUGCCCAGUUAAGGCUUGCUUGGAACGUUACAAACAGCAAAGCUUUGAGGUUGAAUUGUGUUCAAUCCCCACUUUCAGUAAAUUCUUUUAUGGGUUCUACUAUUAUUUAACUUUCAUCAUAAUCCCUCUUCAUCUUUUUAUGUUAUAGUAGCAGUAAGCUGUGUUUAAUUGCUAAUAUUUUGUCCUAUCAGACUUGUGAAGGUGAAUCAUUCAGUAUGAUUGUUUUUUGCUUUUGUUAGUGCUUCUUUUGUUGUUUUCUAAUGGAUAGAAGUUACUUUGGCAUAGAAAGAAGGGUUGAUUUAAUGAUGGAUGCGCUGAAAUUCUUGUAAUUUCGAUCACUGUAAAGAGAAUCGAAAAUGAAGUCAUCAAUUGCUGCUUAUAGAGACGAAAGGCCAUCUAUGGACGUGUUCGAACCAUCAGGAAGUGGGAAUCUUGGAAUGUCUUCUGUUAGUAGGAAUGACAAUAAUGAUGUGCAAGUACUUGAAAAGCAAGAUGGAGUGUCUAGAAUUUCUACCGGCAACAAAGGGGCUGUCAAUAAAUGGAUGGCGUUUGAGGCAGAGCCUAGUGAAACUAAGAUCACUGCUACAAGUGAUGAGUCUAAAAUUGCUCAAAGGACUGCAGAAUGGGGACUUAUGAUUGGGGCAGAUAUUGGAGAUGGUGUCUUUCGUAUGGACUCGAAGUAUUCAAUUGGAGAAGGAGAAAGAAGCAAGAACUCCUCAGAUAGAUUUGGGGCCAUAUCUACGAGGACAUCAGAGGAAUUGAGUGUUGGAUCUGAAAUUCCAAGGGUAUCUCAGGAGCUAAAGGAUGCACUGGCAACAUUACAACAGACUUUCGUCGUCUCUGAUGCAACCAAACCUGAUUGCCCCAUUGUGUAUGCCAGCGGUGGCUUUUUUACAAUGACUGGUUACUCUACAAAUGAAGUUAUUGGAAGAAACUGCCGGUUCCUGCAGGGCCCUGAUACAGAUCAGAAUGAGGUGGAGAAGAUACGGAAUGCAACAAGAACUGGGAAAACCUAUUGUGGGAGGCUUCUCAACUACAAGAAGGAUGGUACCCCUUUCUGGAAUUUGUUGACAAUCACUCCGGUCAAAGAUAACAAUGGACGAACCAUAAAAUUUAUUGGAAUGCAGGUUGAGGUCAGCAAAUACACGGAAGGGGUAAAUGAGAAAGCACUACGACCAAAUGGAUUACCCAAGUCAUUAAUUCGUUAUGAUACUCGUCAGAAGGAAAAGGCUUUAGGAUCCAUCACAGAGGUUUUACAAACUGUUAAGCAUCCACGAUCUCACAUGAAGUCUCUGAGUCAUGACACCACUGCCGAGCAUGAAAAUGACAAGUUAAAUCUAGAUUAUAUGCUCCCUGGACCAGCUGCAAUGGGUAAUACAGGUACACCUGGACGAAAAAUCUCUCAACUGGAUUCAAGAAAUGACUUGCAUAGUAAGACUAAUAGUCAGGGCAGAAGGUCUAGCAAAUCUGGACGCAAUUCCUUGAUGGGUUUCAAAGGGAGGUCUGCAAGUAUGCAAGAAAAUGAACCAAGAAUCGAGCCAGAGAUUUUGAUGACAAAAGUCGUAGAACGAACAGACAGCUGGGACCGCGCUGAAAGAGAAAGGGAUAUACGUCAAGGCAUUGACCUGGCAACAACACUGGAACGUAUUGAAAAAAAUUUUGUGAUUUCAGACCCUAGACUUCCUGAUUGCCCAAUUAUAUUUGCAUCUGAUAGCUUUCUUCAACUGACAGAGUAUACACGUGAAGAAAUUUUGGGAAGGAACUGCAGGUUUCUUCAGGGACCUGAAACUGAUCAAGCAACUGUUUCAAAGAUAAGAGAUGCCAUCAGAGAGCAAAGGGAAAUUACUGUUCAGUUAAUUAAUUAUACUAAGAGUGGCAAGAAAUUCUGGAACUUAUUUCAUUUGCAACCUAUGCGUGAUCAGAAGGGGGAACUCCAAUACUUCAUUGGUGUUCAACUAGAUGGAAGUGAUCAUGUGGAACCACUGAGAAACCGCCUUUCUGAGAACGCAGAGCAAAAGAGUGUUAAGCUGGUCAAAACUACAGCAGAAAAUGUUGAUGAGGCUGUUCGAGAACUUCCUGAUGCCAACCUGACACCAGAAGACUUGUGGGCUUUGCACUCUCAACCCGUAUUUCCAAGGCCUCACAAACGAGAUAGUACUUCUUGGGCAGCAAUAAGAAAGAUCACUGAAGCUGGUGAAAAAAUCGGACUCAAUCACUUUAAACCGGUACGACCUUUGGGAUGUGGAGAUACUGGCAGUGUUCAUUUGGUGGAAUUAAAAGGUACCGGUCUGCUGUUCGCAAUGAAGGCAAUGGAUAAAUCUAUUAUGCUCAAUCGUAACAAGGUUCAUCGAGCAUGUAUUGAAAGAGAAAUUAUGUCGCUUCUAGAUCAUCCGUUUCUUCCCACACUCUACACCUCAUUUCAGACGCCUACACAUGUUUGCUUGAUAACAGAUUUUUGUCCUGGGGGAGAGUUAUUCAGAGUGCUUGACAAACAGCCCAUGAAGAUAGUUAAAGAGGAAUCAGCUAGGUUUUAUGCAGCAGAGGUUGUCAUUGGCUUGGAAUAUCUUCAUUGUUUAGGAAUAAUUUAUCGGGAUCUGAAACCGGAAAAUAUUCUACUACAGAAGGAUGGGCACGUUGUAUUAACUGACUUUGAUCUAUCAUUUAAGACAGAUUGUGAACCCCAUGUUUUAAGGCAUCCACCGCCAAAGAAGAGAAGAUCAAGGAGUCAACCACCUCCUGUUUUCAUUGCAGAACCAAAUACUCAGUCAAAUUCAUUUGUUGGAACUGAAGAAUACAUUGCACCGGAAAUCAUAACUGGCGAGGGACACAGUAGUGCUAUUGAUUGGUGGGCUCUAGGCAUUUUAUUGUACGAAAUGCUUUAUGGCCGUACACCAUUCAGGGGAAAGAAUAGGCAGAAGACAUUUGCCAACAUCUUGCAUAAAGACCUCACCUUCCCAAGUAGCAUUCCGGUAACGCUUGCGGCGAGGCAGUUGAUUAAUGCACUGCUAAAUCGAGAUCCUGCUAGUCGUUUAGGAUCUAAUGGAGGUGCAAAUGAGAUCAAGCAACACCCUUUCUUUAGUGGAAUUAAAUGGUCUCUCAUUCGUUGCAUGACCCCACCACCACUAGAUGUGCCUCUCCAGUUGAUCGGAAAAGAAGCAGGUGCAAAAGAUGUAAACUGGGACGACGAUGGGGUGCUUGUAAAUCCUAUGGAGUUAUUUUAAAGGUAUGAAUCAGCUAUAAAUUAUGGAAGAAAAAUAUGAUGAAAUGGCUAUUACAAGAACAUUACACAUUUUCGCCUAUGUUAAUGUACCUCUGUGUAUAUAUUUACUCAUGUAAAGAAAGGAAUGCGAAGUUUUCGACAAUUUUGGUGAUUCAAUUCCUCUGACCGGGAUUGGCUAGACCGAAUACAGGAGAAAAACAAGAAGUCAUCAAGUCUAUGUUGGGUUAAAUAAUUUUAUUUCUUUUUUUUUCUGUGGGGUGGAGGCAGGUUAGCAUGUGAUACUUUCUGGAGAAUGAUUAUGCUCAGUAACUUAUAUUCUACAUGACCUUUAGAUGUAAAUGUAACUAUAUGAAAGUCUGAAGUUCAACGUAUUCUUGAUAUAUGGAGAAGUCUACGAAAUAAUAAAGAUAAGUAUGUUCUUGUUGA